AUGCCUGUUUCAAACAGAGUCUAUUGGGCCAGCUUAGGUAAAGCUAUAGAUUCAAUCCCAUGGUGCCUCUAUAGAAAAAGUCCCAUUGGUACAAACAACAAUAUAAUACGUUUUUCUUCCACUAAUAUUAGUUCACAGAAAUUUGGAGAACUCUAUGAGAACCAAAAAAGUGAUCUAGAUAGGCCAUUAGACACCUUCUUGAGGCGCCAUAUUGGUCCAUCAAAAUGGGAUAUCAAGGUUAUGCUGAAAACUCUAGGUUACGAUGAUCUAGAGACGUUCAUCGAAUCACUGGUACCUCGCAAUGUUUUGGAAAGGAAACCACUCCAUCUUAGAGCGCCAGCAAAGGGCUACACUGAACAAGAAAUGUUAAAGCAUCUGCAGUCAAUCGCUGACAAAAAUAAUUACAAAGCUCGCAAUUUCAUCGGUAAAGGGUAUUACGGGACUUUCCUCCCACCAGUUAUACAAAGAAACCUUCUAGAAAAUCCUGGAUGGUACACAUCGUACACACCUUAUCAGGCAGAAAUUUCACAGGGUAGAUUAGAAUCCCUCUUAAACUUUCAAACUGUUGUCUCCGAACUGACAGGUUUGCCCAUAGCUAAUUCUUCUCUAUUAGAUGAAGGUACAGCUGCGGCGGAAGCAAUGCUAUUAUCCUUUAACGCUUCGAGAAAGAAGAAAUUAAACUAUGUAAUUGAUAGUAAUUUACAUCUACAAACCAAAUCUGUUCUGUACACUAAAGCUCAGCCGCUAGCUAUCAAUAUUAUUGAGGUUGAUGCUUCGAAUGAAGAAAGCAUACUUAGUGCACUCGAUGAUACGGGGACCUUCGGCAGUAUGAUCCAAUAUCCUGGAACAGAUGGGUCAAUACUGCCAAUAAAUACUCUCUCUAAAGUUUCCGAGAAAUUGCACUCGAAAAACCUUCUGUUGAGUGUCGCCUCUGACCUGAUGGCCCUUACUCUUUUGAAGCCACCAUCUGCCUUCGGCGCUGACAUUGUCUUCGGAUCAAGUCAACGAUUCGGAGUUCCUAUGGGAUUUGGCGGACCUCAUGCUGCCUUCUUUGCUGUUGUCGAUAAACUGAAUCGUAAAAUCCCUGGAAGAAUUGUCGGUGUCUCAAAGGAUCGGUUGGGUAACGUUGCGUAUAGAUUAGCGUUACAAACUAGAGAACAGCACAUCAAACGUGACAAGGCAACCUCAAACAUUUGCACUGCUCAAGCCUUAUCAGCAAAUAUUGCAUCCAAUUAUUGUAUUUAUCAUGGUCCACAAGGAUUAAAAGGCAUUUCUCAAAGGAUUUAUGGCUUCACAAGCAUUUUAGCCAAAUCAAUCAUUACAGGAAAGUGUAAACACACUUUACUUAACAAAAACUGGUUUGAUACUCUUACUGUUAAAUUGAGUAGUGAUACAAAUUCUAGAAAGUUUUUGGAUGAAGCUCUUACAAAGUAUAGUAUAAAUCUUUUCGCUGUCAAUGAAAAUAUUGUUUCUUUGUCUCUAGAUGAAACGGUAACUAAAUCGGAUGUAAUAUCCUUAUUGAAAUUAUUUUUAGAUGAAGAAUCUGUUCCUGACUUUAAUGUACUCCCAGAAUUCCCAUCUGAAAUAAGGAGAAAUGAUGCAUACCUAAAUCAAAGUGUUUUCAACAAGUAUCAUAGUGAAACUGCAAUGUUAAGAUAUUUACACUAUUUACAGAACAGAGACCUCUCACUAGCAAAUUCCAUGAUACCAUUAGGUUCUUGUACAAUGAAACUCAAUAGCGUAGUAGAAAUGUUACCGAUAACAUGGCCCCAAUUUGCUAAUAUUCACCCAUUUCAACCUGUAAAUCAAGUUUCUGGCUAUAUCGAGCUAACCAAAUCAUUAUCAUUAGAUUUGGCCGAAAUUACAGGUUUGGAUGCAGUAUCUUUACAACCUAAUUCUGGCGCGCAAGGCGAGUACACCGGUUUAAGGGUAAUCAGAUCUUACCUAAACGAAAAAGGUGAAGGUGCUCGUAAUGUCUGCUUAAUUCCUAUCUCAGCCCAUGGUACUAAUCCAGCUUCAGCUGCUAUGUGUGGUAUGAAAAUUGUUCCUAUCAAGUGCCUACAAAAUGGAAUGUUGGAUAUAGAAGAUUUAAAGGUACAGGCAGAAAAGUACAAAGAUAAAUUAGCUGCCUUCAUGAUCACAUAUCCCUCUACGUACGGGCUCUAUGAACCUGUCAUUAAAGAUGCUAUAGACAUUGUACAUUCAAAGGGAGGUCUUGUAUAUCUUGAUGGCGCCAAUAUGAAUGCUCAAUUAGGGUUAACAUCACCUGGCUACUUAGGUGCUGAUGUUUGCCAUUUGAAUUUGCACAAGACAUUUGCCAUUCCACAUGGUGGUGGUGGUCCUGGUGUCGGUGCAAUUUGUGUUAGAGGUGAACUUGUAAAAUACUUACCUUCCAACAUUGUCACAAAUAGAACGGUUUCACGUGCAAGUCAAGUUACUUCUGUAUCAUCUGCCGAAUUUGGAAACGCAUUAGUCCUUCCAAUAUCAUAUUCAUUCAUAAAGAUGUUGGGAAGUGAGGGUUUACCUUUCACCAGCGUGAUUGCCAUGUUAAAUGCGAACUAUUUGAGAAAGAAGCUGGAACCUCAUUAUAAAAUAUUAUUUCUUGAAAGCAACAGCGAUAUAGGAGGAUGUGCUCAUGAAUUUAUUAUUGAUCUGAGAGGGUAUAAAAGCUACGAUUUAGAAGCCACUGAUAUAGCAAAAAGGCUACAAGAUUACGGAUUUCAUUCCCCUACACUUGCAUUCCCAGUUCCAGGAACUUUGAUGGUUGAGCCCACCGAAUCAGAAAACUUGCAAGAGUUAGAUAGAUUCAUAGAUUCUAUGAUAUCUAUCAAACAAGAAAUUGAUGCAUAUAUAGGGGGGGUAAGUGUAGGUAACGUUCUAAAACAGGCCCCACAUUCACUGGAAGAUUUAAUUUGCUCUGAAGAUUGGGAAACUAGAGGAUAUAGUCGUGAAAGUGCUGCUUAUCCGCUACCAUUUUUGAAAAAGAAUAAAUUUUGGCCCGCCGUCGCUCGUAUUGAUGAUGUAUAUGGUGACAUGAACCUCAUGUGCACUUGUCCUGCUGUAGAGGAUUUUGAAGAGCAUACGGAGUAG